CCCGAAUUAGAAUUAGAUUUCGCACGGUCAAUCACGAAACCAAAGUCCUAGCAUCCACCGUCUUUGCUUUGUUUACGCUAAACCAAGCCCAAACCGAUGUGCCGUGUGUCUGGUUGAGAAGGGCCGCCGCCCGAUUGGUCGAGCGAUAAACGUCAAGCUGUUAUUAGGAAAGAAAGAGAACUGGGAACGAAUUGUUGUUUGGACUUUGUUGAGAGUGCUAGCUGUUUUUUCCGGCGACUAAGGACGUCUCACCUGACGACUCCGCAUUGUCUCGCGGUCACGACCAUCUGCGACUUCUGCCCCAGUAUACCAACACCACACAUCAACAUGGCCAUUCAGGAUUCGGCAGGCGCAAAGAGGGCCAUGUACCUGCUUAUGGGCAUUCCCGACCGGUUCAAUGAGUUCUGUCACAUGGACCAAAUCACCUUUGUUCAGCUGGCCGACUGGAUUCUGAAUAACGUCGAGUCGCAACUUGCGACAAAUAUCAGCAUCGAAGAGAGCUUGUUCGUGUUUCUCGAUAUCGUUGCACAGGGGAACAGCUUCAGCAGUGCGGCGUAUGGCUGGCAUCACGAUGUCCAGCUCACACAAGGCAUCUUCCUAAACGUUCUCAACGCUCUCACAGUCCUCCGCGAGAGCAAGGAAAUCUCGUCGUCAUGUCCGUCCAUCAAUUCGACUAAGAGCCGUUGGCGGAUCGCAAAGACGUGGCGCCCAGGCCGAUCGAGAAUGGACGGCCUUAUCAAGGUCGGCAACGAUGGUAUGUCGGGUGACGGCCUCGAAGUGAACCAGGAGGCGCUCAAGCAGGCCUUGAUGGCUGUCAACAACUUCAUGCAUGAGCGGGAAGAGUAUGAGGACUUCGAAUGAGCGGAGACAUUUGCAUAUUCGGCGUUUGGUUUGGCGCAAUGGUAACGACAGCGGUAACGGAAUAGGCAUUGCGAUGGUUGGGUAUUUGGUAUGGGAUGUCGGUAAGACCGAUUGGGUAUUCGCUUCGUUUGUAUGUAUGUCGCUCGGUUUUUCGAAUGCGACGGUGUGAUCCUCAAUAACACCACUUCUUACUUCCAACCUUUGCCCCCAGCCAUGACGUGUGCUCCCUGCCCUGUAUUCUUUCUCAGUUGUCCAUCUGCACGGCUCCCACUGUUCCAGGGCU